AAUACAAAGCAUUUGUGGAAUAUAAAGAAAAAACAUUCUUUAUAACAAUCUCCCGAUAAUUAACACCACAAGGACUGUGGGGAGAAGGGUGGAUCGGUCAGAACCGCAUUUGGGAUGUUGUAGUGAAGGGUGCAGAGCGAGAGGAGAGGCGCUUUAAGCUGAAGAUGCAGGUGUCAGCAUGGCUGCUGUGGGUGGCAUGGCUGUGUACCUGGACCGAGGCGGCAUGCCAGUGCCAAUGCCAGUGUGCAUGCCCACCUGAGGAGCAGUUGGCACAGAGAUCAGAGAGGUCAGAGGGGAGAGGGCACCUUCGCCAUCGCCUGACGCAUCAGCGGGCGUCACACAGGGACAGGGCCCAUCGCAGAAAAGGUUCCAGGCCCGUUUCAGAUAGUGGUCGUCUGCCCCGUAUCAUCCACCAUCCCUCUGAUGUGGUUGUCCGGGUGGGCAGUCCGGCCACGCUAUCCUGCAGGGCAGAGGGCGACCCUAAGCCCACCAUCCAGUGGCUCAGAAAUGGCCAACCUCUUGAUACGGACAAGAUGGAUGUGCAGUCACAGCCUGUCGUUUUACCAGAAGGAAGUUUGUUCUUCUUCAGCAUCAUCCCUGGCCGAAAGAGUCAGUCCCAUGAAGCGUUAUACGCCUGCGUGGCUCGCAACAGCGCUGGGGUCGCGACUAGCAGAAAUGCCUCUCUUCAUAUAGCAGUUCUGCGUGAAGAGUUCCGUGUGCAGCCCAGUGACGUGGAAGUGGCGGUUGGUGAGGUGGCUGUGAUUGGGAAAUUUCUUAUAAUUUACAAUCUUAAUCUUGUAUUAAAAAUUGCAUUUGCCAGAUAUUUAAUCAACCCUGACCACAGUCUGCAAAUCCACUAUGUGACGGCGCAGGACACGGGCAGGUACACCUGCACUGCGGAAAAUAAGCUUGGGGUGUCUGUGGCCAGUGCGCAGCUUCUUGUAGAGGAUGCAGGAAGCACCAGACUGAGAGACUUACACAAGGAGCUGUCUGCCUUACGUGUGAGCCUGGAGAACGUCACAGUUAUGAGUACCGCCUCCAACAUGUCUCAAGUUAUGUGGAGGUUGCAGUCGUCUAUGUCACAGCCUCAUUAUUUUGAAGGCUUUGAGGUGCUGUAUCGCUCUCUCCUGCCAGCCAUCUCAGACUGGACAGCUCAAAGGGUUCCUCAGCUUGGCCUUCACACACAUGUGGGACCUCUGAAGAGAGGCUACAAGUACGAGUUCAAAGUCCGACCCUACGGCAGCAGCCUGUAUGGCAGGGAAAGCAACACCAGACACGUACGAGUGCCAGAAAUAGUCCCCAGUGCACCACCUCAGGAUGUGUCCAUAACAAUGCCCACUGACCGUAACGACACGGUGCACCUCAGCUGGGAGCCUCCACCUCAUGACGCUCACAAUGGAAACAUUCAGGGAUAUCAGGUGUGGUGUGUGGAGUCUGAGGAACAGAAGUCUUUUAACUGGACAGUGGACAGUGGAACACACAGUAUUGAGAUCAGCACACUGCAGCCUGGCAAGCUGUUUUGGGUAACAGUGGCUGCCAUUAACGGGGCGGGAGUGGGGGUCCAGAGCGAUCCAUACAAACUGCUCAUAGAGUCGAGGCAGGAGGCAACACCUUAUCAGACUGGCAUACUCAGUAUGUCUCAUUUCCUUGCUGUGAUUAAAGAGCCGGUAUUCAUUGGGAGUGUUGGCACCCUCCUGUGGUGUGUUUUGAUGAUUACUACCGUGUUUUUGUACAGGAGACAUGUCAGACCCACCAACCUGGGAGGCAAACGCUCUGGCUUAUAUAGACUGGAAAGUGAAGAUCUCAUCAUCAAACACAGAAUGGCGGCACCAGACUCUCCAUGGAUCUCUGGAGGCUGGAGGCCAGAUUCCAGCAGUGAGACCAAGCAGGGCCUUUGGACCCCGAGUCAAGAGAACUCUGACUUCCGGAGGACCACUCUGCCCAUUAUGGCUAAAAAGGACCCCAACCCUCUGCGGUCAGCUGUCCCGAUUGUACCAGACAAUUGUGGCGUCUAUGGCACCUUUUAUGUGGAUCUAACCGGCAACGUACUGAAGACGUUUAAUAGUCCAGGUCGCUGUCCCAGAAUGCCCCACGUCAAAUCUCAGCUGCAUAACUCCGAAACCGUUUGGAUCACUGAACCAAUCGUCAAAACUGCCGUUGUGAGGGAAGUGCAGGCAUUGCCAUGGAAACGUGCCCUCCCUGCCCAGCCCAACAUGGGAGUUCUGAAGGAAUCAUGGGAGAAAAAUUACAAGCGUGAGCUGCAUGCUGUAAAAAGUGCCCCACUAAUGCCCGUGAGUAAACAAGCACUGGCAGUGUGCAGUGCAUCGAGUAAACGUCAGCAAAGAUUCAGUCAGCACCCUGCAGGUGGUGUAUCAGAGCCUGUGAAGCCGCCGAGUUCUCCACGUAUCCUGCACUACUCUGCCUCUCUGCAACUGGUGGACAUGUUACCCAGCCCUCCACCUCUUCCUAUGGAGGACAACCACAGCCUCAGCUCAGAGGACGAGUCUACCAGAUCCACCAAAUUGACAGUUGACAUCGGCUCUCUGCAGUCUGUGUGUGCUGCCUCUGGGCUCCAGGGUCCCGCUACGGCCACUACGGGCUGUCCAACCCACCACAGUCCAGCCCAGCCAAGCCCGACCUACAGCCACCUGUCCACAGCCUCCUUCUGUCUUUCCAAUGGUGACUACCAGGACACCACUCUAAGUACUCAGGGCCACACUCAAUGCAUGGAGAUGAGCCCCAAACCACAGGGGCAAAGUACGUCCCAUCAAAGUUCUCCUUCAAUGCCCCGUCCGUUCUCUCCCACGCCCACGUUCAGUUACAUCUGUGGGCCUGUGGAACGGGAGAUGGAUGACGAGCAGGAGUCUCAGCCGAUCGGCCUCAGGAGAGCCACCCUGAGGAGCAUGCCCUCGUCUUGCUGCAGCGAAUGGGAGGGUUCAUUGUGGAACGGCUGGGGUUCGGUGUCAGAGAGCAACGUGACAAGCGCUCGAACGAGUAUCAUCAGCUCCUCUGACUGCUCGUUCAUAAAUGAUGCAAACUUUGCCCGCGUCCUGGCUAUGACAGCCGAGUCCAUGAGCGGUACUUUAUCAGAUUUCUCCCCGCCUGCAUCCCCCCUGAGUGUUCUAUUCCCCCCUCGAGAGUGUUUUGGAGAGGUGGAGCCGCUGCCCGUGUGGGACUGGAGCACUGCGUGGGUGGAGGAGUUGGAGGCCCAGUUUAAAGCCUCCAGCGAGGCCAGAAGAACUGCCACAUCUAGCCGACACUCAGGCAUUGAGCGUUGGAGAGGACAUCUGGAAACCCCCUCGCACUGAUGAUCGACUUGCACAUGCCUAGGGAUCGUUUAUGAACUACAUUUCCCUGCAUUCCUCAGGGCAACCCCCAUUUCUUGUAGUUUUGAUGGGCUUUGGUAUGUAGCAAGGUCAAAUAUAAGAACACACUGCCGCAAGGUACAGUAGGUGCAGUUUAUAUGCCACUUUCCAUAAGGACAGUUGAGUUGUACCACACCAUAAUAAAGACUAUUGUAUAGGAUGUUCAUAUUGGCAUUCAAAGAAAUGUAAAUAAACCAAUUUUAUUUAAUAAUACUCCACAUACAAUUUUAUAAAAUCAUGUACGCUUUUAUACGACAGAGUUAUCUAAAAUAC